ACUUUCCCUUCAGACACACUUUAAACACAUUAACACACUUACAUACACACACACACUUGCUGGGAAGCUUUCACAAAGAUGCCGUGCAUCACUGCUGUCCGCCAACAGAGGCUCAGAGUGCCGAGCUCUUACAAGUCAAUGUUGGAGAAAGUUCACAUGGUGGACCAAAUCCUGUCUGAGUUCCAGCUCAGUAAAGAGGAGCUGAAGGAGGUGAUGAGACGGAUGCAGAGGGAGAUGAACCGAGGGCUCCGUGUGGAAACGCAUGAGGAAGCCAGCGUUAAAAUGCUGCCCACUUAUGUCUGCUCUACUCCUGAAGGCUCUGAGGUUGGAGACUUCCUGGCAUUAGAUCUAGGUGGCACUAAUUUCCGUGUGAUGCUGGUGGUGGUGGGUGAGGAUGAGGAGAGAGGCUGGAAGGUGGAGACCAAGCACCGUAUGUACUCCAUCCCUGAGGAUGCCAUGACCGGGACUGCAGAAAUGCUGUUUGACUACAUCGCAGAGUGUAUAUCUGACUUCCUGGAUGAGCACCACAUCAAACAUAGGAAACUUCCUCUGGGAUUCACUUUCUCGUUUCCGGUCCGUCACGAGGACCUUGAUAAGGGAAUCCUACUAAACUGGACCAAAGGGUUCAAGGCUUCUGGCGCUGAAGGCAACAAUGUGGUUGGUCUGCUUAGAGAUGCCAUUAAAAGGAGAGGGGACUUCGAGAUGGACAUAGUUGCAAUGGUGAAUGACACGGUGGCCACAAUGAUCUCCUGUUACUAUGAAGACCGGAGCUGUGAGGUUGGCAUGAUAGUAGGAACCGGCUGUAAUGUGUGCUACAUGGAAGAGAUGCACUCAGUGGAGCUGGUGGAAGGGGAGGAGGGACGGAUGUGUGUGAACACCGAGUGGGGAGCCUUCGGAGGAAAUGGAGAGCUGGAAGACUUUCGUUUGGAAUAUGACCGAGUGGUGGACGAGUCAUCGCUCAAUCCUGGAGAACAGCUCUACGAGAAGCUGAUCAGUGGGAAGUACAUGGGCGAGCUGGUGCGUCUUGUCCUGAUGAAGCUUGUGAAUGAAGACUUGCUCUUCAACGGGGAAGCUUCAGACAUUCUGAAGACACGUGGCAGCUUCGAGACUCGCUUCGUCUCCCAGAUCGAAAGUGACACAGGAGACAGAAAACAAAUAUACAACAUCCUGAGCUCACUGGGGGUCCUGCCAUCCGAGCUGGACUGUGACAUUGUGCGUUUGGCCUGUGAGAGCGUCUCCACUCGCGCAGCGCUCAUUUGUGGAGCUGGACUCGCCGGAGUUAUUAACAUCAUGAGGGAGCGCCGCUGUGUGGACGAGCUGAAGAUCACCGUGGGAGUGGACGGCUCUGUCUACAAACUCCACCCAUGGUUCAAAGAGCGGUUUCACAAAGCCGUGUGGGACUUGACGCCGGACUGCGACAUCACCUUCAUCCAGUCAGAAGAAGGCAGUGGCCGAGGAGCGGCGCUUAUCUCGGCUGUGGCCUGUAAGAUGGCGGCCCGCACAAUAGAGCCAUGAUGCCUGAGAUCAAGCACUGGCUCGUGAACUCGACUUAAAUUGCAGGAUCUCUGCGAUGAUGGAGGCUCAUCUGGAGUGGCCUUGUAAGCUCUUUUCUCACAGGAUGUGCAACUCUCACUGUAGGAUUUGCCAUGUGGAGCAACGGCUAAUAUCUCGGCGCCCAGAUCGGACCUUGAUGUACAUAUCCCGUUGUUUAUAUCAGCUUUCUGUGCUAAGAAUGUUAAAUACAUACAGUAUAUACACAGCUGAGAGGCUUUUAACAGAGACACCAUUAUACAUGUAUUUUGUGUUUUAAUACAUUGUGUGGUCGUUGGAGCAUGAUUCUCU